CAUAAUAACAACAACAACAAAAAAAACGUAAAGAAGUACUAGAAGGGAAGCCUCCAUCUUGUAAGAUCUCAUCUGCUGUCACAUCUACCGCUGGACUAGAGAAGGAACAAACGACAUCCAUCAUGGGGGCCGUUCUCGGACUGUGCUCCAUGGCAAGCUGGAUACCCUGCCUGUGUGGCAGCGCCCCCUGUCUGCUGUGUCGGUGCUGCCCCAGUGGAAAUAAUUCCACAGUGACUCGUCUCAUUUAUGCUUUCUUCCUCCUGCUUGGAGUGGGUGUUGCCUGCAUCAUGUUGAUGCCCGGCAUGGAGGGGCAACUUAAGAAGAUUCCAGGUUUCUGUGAAGGAGGUAUUGGUUCAUCUAUUCCUGGUGUGGAGGGUCAUGUGAACUGCGAUGUGCUGGUUGGCUACAAGGCCGUGUAUCGAGUCUGCUUUGGAAUGGCCAUGUUCUUCCUACUCUUCUCUCUGCUUAUGAUCAAAGUUAAGAGCAGCCAAGAUCCCCGAGCUGCGCUGCACAAUGGGUUUUGGUUCUUCAAGUUUGCUGCAGCUGUUGCCAUUACUAUCGGAUCAUUUUUUAUCUCAGAAGGUCCCUUCACUACCGUUUGGUUCUAUGUCGGCAUGGCUGGAGCCUUCUGCUUCAUCCUGAUCCAACUGGUCUUACUCAUUGAUUUUGCUCAUUCAUGGAACGAGUCCUGGGUGGAGAAGAUGGAGGAGGGGAAUUCUCGCUGUUGGUACGCAGCUUUACUGUCAGUCACCGCAGUGAACUACUUGCUGUCUCUGGUAUCUCUGGUGAUGUUUUAUAUCUACUACACCCACUCUGACGGCUGCACUGAGAACAAGGUCUUCAUCAGCAUCAACAUGCUGCUUUGCAUCGGGUCCUCUGUCCUGUCCAUCCUGCCACAGAUACAGGAGUCUCAGCCCCGGUCUGGCCUGUUGCAGUCCUCCCUUGUUACCCUGUACACCAUGUACCUGACCUGGUCUGCCAUGACCAAUGAGCCCGAUAGAAAAUGUAACCCAAGCCUUCUGGGUAUUAUUGGGCUGAACAGCACCCGUCCUGAAGGUCAAGACCACGUAGUUCAGUGGUGGGAUGCCCAAGGGAUUGUGGGACUGAUCCUCUUCCUCAUGUGUGUCCUCUACUCCAGCAUUCGCAAUUCAUCCAAUGGCCAGGUCAACAAACUGACUCUGACCAGUGAUGAGUCUGCUCUGAUCGAGGACGGGCCUCAGCCUGACAACUUCGAAGAGGAUGGCAGUCACGGCCGAGCUGUAGACAAUGAGAAGGAUGGGGUGACAUAUUCAUACUCUUUCUUCCACUUCAUGCUUUUCCUGGCAUCACUCUACAUAAUGAUGACCCUCACCAACUGGUACAGCCCCGACUCCAAUUACGAGGCCAUGACCAGCAAGUGGCCGUCUGUGUGGGUGAAGAUCUCCUCCAGCUGGAUCUGCAUCGCCCUCUAUGUGUGGACACUGGUGGCUCCUCUGGUCCUGGUCAACAGAGACUUUGACUGAGACACACGCCGUCCCACUGCUCAUCCAUUCAGUCAUGCUCUGCUUCAUCUGUGUUUUGUUUUAGAAAAAUCACUAGAACAGUAGGUAGUGCCACCUGCUUACUUACUGCUGGAGGAACGGGGCUGUGAUCAUGUGAUCAAAUUUUUAUUUGUCUCUAUCAGUCUUUACACCAGCCCAGUCUCCUCUGAUGUGAUUUCACUGUGAAUCCUCAGCAGCCUGUUUUAAUGGUUCCCUACGCUUUUGCAUUUGUAAAUAUACUGUACGUAUUUUAUUAAACCCAAUGCAUCGAUGUGUUUCACGCCUCUAGAAGGAGCUGCAUGAUUUUCUCUUAAAACGUGAUGUGACAUUAUAAGUAACAGUCGGUGUGCUUUUACUCAUUUGCUUUCCCCCUGCUUUCCCCCUCGUGAUCUUUGAUCACCUCCCCUCCCCUGGACAGCAACCAUGUACUGUAGUAACAUAUAUAGAAAUGCUGUUACAUGUUUAAGAAAAAAAAGAAAGAAAUGAGAGUGACUCUCCUCUCCAUGCAUGGAGUGUGUUGCGUCUUGCAUUCCUUUUCUGUUUUCCCUAUUCCCUCACGCACACACAAAUGCUUUCCAGUUUUUGACUCGCGUUGAAUUUUGACUUUAGUUGUGAAAUUUUUAACGGAUUGCUUUCAGACUUCUAGAUAAGUUAUUUCACAGUGUUUGCCAUUAACAUAUAAAGUAGCUUCUCACAGACUUGGCAGACACAGUGCAGCUGUGUGUUGGUUAUUAUGGUCUCCUUUGUGCUUUUAUCCUGAUGACAUUUCUCUUGACCCAAAAGUGUUGUUAAGUCGUUAAAUAAAACUGAGGAAAAGUAA